AUGGGUUCAGGCAAUUUCUUCAAGGCGGCGCUUGACAAAGGUGCAGGGCCGAGCCUUGGGUAUUGGCAGAUGAUGCCCAGCACCAACAUCUCACGGAUGCUCGCGCAGACGCCCGGCUGUGACUGGGUAUUGAUUGACUGCGAGCACGGUGAUCUUGACGAUCGAGACAUGCGCCAAUGCGUCCCAGCCGUUGCAGCAGCCGGCGCAUCGCCGAUUAUCCUCGUUCCUCUCCUGCAAACAGCACAAGAAGCUCGCGAUAUCGUAAAGGCGGCCAAGUUUCCUCCCAUGGGAAACCGUGGAUUCGGAAGCCCAUUCUCCAUGGGUCGCUUCAAGCCCGUCCCUACGUCGGAUGAGUAUCUACAACAAGCCAACGACAGUCUGCUAACCCUAGUUCAAAUCGAGACGAAGUCUGCUUUGGACAACCUCGAAGAAAUUGCAGCCGUUGAAGGUAUCGACGUUUUAUUCAUUGGGCCUUUCGAUCUUGGUAAUAGCAUUGGAUACCCUAUCCUCAACGGUGUUGUAAAGCCAGAGCUCAAGGCUGCCAUUAACCGCAUUCUUGAAGUCUCGCGUAAGGCAGGGAAGAAAUGUGGUAUUUAUUCGGGAUCUGGGGAGCAGGCGAAGGGAUAUAUCGAGGCAGGAUUUAAUAUGGUUCAUAUUGGGACGGAUUACGCCAUGCUUCAACAGGCUACGAGAGCUGAGAUGGGCACUGCUCGAGGGAGAGAUUUAGGAAAGCGCCAUAGGAGCCCGAUGCUAGACGAGCCAGUCCUCACACCCAUCCACUGCAUUUUACAAAUUGCGUUGCCUAAAACAAUUCACGGAUGA